AUGCGCUUGUAUUCGCUCGUAUGGCUCUUUGCCGCGGCGGCGAGUGCUGUCGAUAUCAAGCAUAUCGGCAAUAAAAAGACGUCCUCCCGACUACCGGGAGCGUACAUCUUUGAGUUUGAGGAUGAUAACGACUGUUCAGACUUUUACGCCAAGGCUUCCGAACAUGGAACGACGCGGAUGCAGUACGAUUACAAGCUCUUCAAGGGCGCUUCGAUUCAGUUUAACGAUGUCGACCAUGCGGAGGAUCUGGCUGUCAUGAUGACCAAGAUGCCGGCAGUCAAGCGGAGCUGGCCGGUUAAGAUGAUCAGCCUACCAACACCAGAGGUUCAUUGGCAGGGCACACCGGGCAAGGAUUACUCAGCUAUCCAACGGAGAGACUUGGAUGGGAGAGAUGCGAAGAACGACACCUUUUCGCCGCAUAUCAUGACACAGGUUGACAAGCUGCGAGCUGAGGGAGCGACGGGCAAGGGCAUCAAAGUUGCCCUGGUCGACAGUGGUGUUGACUACACACAUCCUGCUCUUGGAGGAUGCUUUGGCCCAGGCUGCCUCGUUUCCUUCGGAACUGACCUCGUUGGCGACACCUACAAUGGCGAGAACGCAGCAACCCCAGAUGACGAUCCGCAAGACUGCGAAGGACACGGAACUCACACGGCUGGAACCCUCGCGGCGCAGGCCAACUCGAUGGGCUUCACCGGAGCCGCCCCGGGUGUCACCAUCGGCGCGUACCGGGCUUUUGGCUGCAAGGGCGAGUCCGGCAACGACAUUCUGAUUGCCGCUUUCAACCGGGCUUUUGAGGACGGUGCAGAUAUCAUCUCGGCGUCUAUUGGAGGGCCUGCCGGUUGGUCCGAGGAUCCGUGGGCUGUGGCUGUCUCCCGCAUUGUCGACCAGGGAGUCCCGUGUAUCUUGUCAGCUGGCAACGCUGGCGAAGCCGGUCUGUUUUACGCGAGUACUGCUGGCAACGGAAAACAUGUGACAGCUGUUGCUUCCUUUGACAACACGAAAUCACUAGCCCUGUUCAACGUCUCGCACUAUACCGUCAACAACGGCCCGAAACACGAGUUUGGAUCCUUGGCCGGAGCACCAGAUGCUUGGAAGGGCGUCAAGUUGCCUCUAUGGGCUCUCAACUACAACACCACCGUCGCCGAUGAUGCCUGCAAUCCGCUACCGGCGAAUACGCCUGAUCUCAGCAGGCACAUUGUGCUCAUCCGACGGGGCACAUGCACAUUUGAAGUCAAGGCUACUAACUUGGCCAAGUUUGGAGCUCAGUAUAUGAUGAUCUACAGCGAUCUGGAGAAACUGAUGCCUUAUGACGUUUCAAUGGUUGCGGGCAUCAAGGCCGCCGCUAUAGUCUCGCCCUUGCAGGGCGUAGAGUGGAUGAAGCAUCUCAGCAAGGGAGAAAAGGUUGUGCUGGAAAUGUCGGAUGGCAGCGAUGGAAACGUCAUGCUUCGAGAGACCGUCAACAACAUCACAGCUGGUGCUGUCAGCGCUUUUACAUCUUGGGGUCCGACGUGGGAGAUGGACGUCAAGCCACAGUUUGGCGCCCCUGGAGGUGAGAUCUUGUCUACUUACCCCAGAGAUCAGGGCAGCUUCGCCGUAUUGUCCGGUACUUCGAUGGCGACUCCCCUUUUGGCAGGCAUCGUGGCCCUCAUCGCCGAAGUCCGAGGAACACUGGACCCCAUCUUCAUCGAGAACCUCCUUUCCGCCACCUCGAAGCCGCAGCUCUUCAACGACGGAAAAGCCUUUUACAGGUUUUUAGCUCCUGUUCCUCAGCAGGGCGGCGGCAUCGUGCAGGCUCAUGAUGCUGCCCACUCUAAGAUUAUCCUGAGCCCCUCGAGUCUCUCCUUCAACGAUACGGACAACUUUGUCGAGUCUCUCAACUUUACCCUCAAGAACACUGGACGCGAGGAGGUCGAGUUUCAGAUCUCGCAUGUUCCUGCUGUUACAAUGUAUACUCUUGCAAAGGGCUAUAUGUAUCCGGAUGGAUUCCCCAACGAUUUUGCCAACGAGCAGGCCAGUGUUAGAUUCAGCGAGUCCAAGGUGUCUAUCUCUCCAGGAGAGAGCAUCGUCAUCGAGGUACUCCCUACUCCUCCUGAAGGCGUCGAUGCGAAGCGUCUGCCCGUCUGGUCUGGCUAUGUAGCCAUCAACGGCACAGACGGAAGCGCUCUCUCCCUCCCCUAUCAAGGCCUCACCGGUUCCCUACACGACUCCCCAGUCCUCGGCCCCAACGACACCUGGAUCACAUCAUCAAAAGACGAAAACUUCUUCCCAGCAAAGGCAAACAAGACGUGGAUCCUCCCCAAGCCUGGCACAGCCAACAACCAAACGGACGAGCUCCCAGAGAUCGUCUGGUUCCUAGCCCUCGGCACGGCCAAGCUUCACGGCGACAUCAUCCCCGUGACGACGGACAAGUCGUCCUCGACCGGAAAGGCCAGGAUCAUCGGCGAGCCCGUCAACUUUCCCCUUCUGUGGAACCCCAUGGGCCGCAACUCGCAGCCCUUCACUGGAGAGUUGGCGGGUGGUGGUUUCGCCCCCGCGGGAAUUUAUGUGGUUCGGUACAGGGCGUUGAGGAUCUUUGGAAAUGAGGACGAUGAGGGAGAUUGGGAUGAAUCGUACUCGCCCCCGUUUGCGAUACAGUACGCGCAAUGA